ACCUGUAGGCAGAUCCCCCAUACAUACAUGUACAUGUGUAUGUAUAUACUCACGUAUAUAUCUCCGUAUCCUUUGUCGUCGUUGGAUCUCAUCUUCAAUUCGCAUACGCAUAAAGGGUCGUCAUCAAAAUAUCGUGAACAGCUCCAAAUCAGAAGCUCCUCGAAGAUCUUGCUCAAAGUCUCGUGCUUUUUACCUACUUUUAAUCCUUUCUUCCUGGGGUUCUCGUAAAUUUCAGAAUUUUGCCUGGAUCCAGGGUCGAUUUCACUUCAUUCUGAAGCCUGAUGGGUUUUAGUGUAUUGAUCUAAUUCAGCCAGUAUUUUGCUUGGAUGGAUUAGAAGAUGUCUCCAAUUUUGGGUGUUCGAUUUUCCAAAGUCUAGGGUUAGAUCGAUUUCUCUGUUUUCGUUCGGAAAAUCUGUUCAACAACUCUGUUUGGUUUCCUCUGUUUUCGAUCCUGAUAAGGGAAAGAACUUGUUCCGGAAUGAAAUUUCUGAGACUGUCUUUGAUCCAUCCACCCAAAACCGUCCACGUUCAUGCUGUCUGACCUCUGACCGUUGUCCAGUAACCAUGGCCACCAGAAACAGGACUAUAGUUUGGUUUAGGAGGGACCUUAGGAUAGAGGAUAACCCGGCAUUGGCCGCGGCUGCACAGGAAGGGCGUGUCUUCCCUGUGUUCAUAUGGUGCCCUGAAGAAGAAGGGCAGUUCUAUCCGGGAAGGGCAUCGAGGUGGUGGCUGAAGCAGUCUCUUUCUCACUUGGGACACUCGCUGAAAUCUCUCGGAGCUGAACUCGUUCUGAUCAAAUCCCACAAUACCAUUUCCUCGAUCUUGGAUUGCGUCCGUGCCACCGGCGCCACAAAGGUCGUGUUCAACCACCUCUACGAUCCUAUUUCGCUUGUUCGGGACCAUACAGUCAAGGAGAAACUGGGGGAACAUGGGAUUUCUGUGCAGAGCUACAAUGGAGAUUUGCUGUAUGAACCAUGGGAGAUAUAUGACGAGAGAGGCCAACCCUUUACGACUUUCAGUUUUUACUGGAAGAAAUGCUUGAACAUGCCAAUGGAAUCUGUUCCACUUCCUCCUCCUUGGCGGCUGAAGACAAUAACUACAGUGACAGAAACUGUGGAGAAAUGUUCGGUCGAGGAGUUAGGGCUAGAAAACGAAGCCGAGAAACCGAGCAACGCUUUACUGGCUAGAGCAUGGUCACCCGGUUGGAGCAAUGGUGAUAAGAUACUAAACGAGUUCAUCGAGAACCAUCUGAAAGAUUACUCCAAGAACAGCAAGAAAGUUGCGGGAAACUCAUCCUCAUUACUGUCGCCAUAUCUACACUUUGGCGAAAUAAGCAUCAGACGUGUUUUCCAGUGUGUUCGGAUGAAACAAAUUAUAUGGGCAAGAGAUAAGAACACCGAAGAAGAGGAAAGUGCCGGGCUUUUUCUUAGAGCUAUCGGAUUUAGAGAAUACUCCCGGUACAUCUGUUUCAAUUUUCCGUUCACUCAUGAGCGGUCGUUGUUGAGUUAUCUACGGUUUCUCCCUUGGAAUUCCGAUGUCGAAAAUUUCAAGGCUUGGAGACAAGGCCGGACAGGUUAUCCGCUGGUGGAUGCCGGCAUGAGAGAGCUUUGGGCGACUGGGUGGAUACAUAAUCGAAUAAGAGUGAUUGUCUCGAGUUUUGCUGUGAAGUUUCUUCUUCUUCCAUGGAAAUGGGGGAUGAAGUAUUUCUGGGAUACCCUUUUGGAUGCUGAUUUGGAAUGUGACAUUCUCGGGUGGCAAUAUAUCUCGGGUAGCUUGCCCGACGGCCACGAACUCAACCGCUUGGACAGCCCUGAGAUACAAGGUGCCAAAUACGACCCGGAAGGCGAGUAUGUGCGGCAAUGGCUCCCCGAGCUAGCAAGACUUCCCACUGAAUGGAUCCAUCAUCCUUGGGAUGCUCCCGAAACCGUGCUGAAAGCGUCCGGUGUGGAACUGGGCGUGAACUAUGCCAAACCGAUAGUAGACAUUGACACGGCGCGUGAACAUCUCACCAAGGCCAUAUUCAGAAUGCGAGAGAUGCAAAUCUUGACAGGAGUUGCACCAGACGAGAUCGUUGUCGAUAGCUCCGAGGCUCUCGAGGCCAACGGCCCGGAAAACUCGUCCACCGACCAACGGGUACCGACGGCUGUUCAUCAGAACAGUUCCAAAAGAGCUAAACGAGCUGAAGAACUGGGAGAAGACGGAGAAGAAACGGGAAGCCGGAAGGUGAAAAAAUGCAUCGGGACUUCACGAGGCAGAGACGAGGAGGAUCUGUACUCGACGACAGCGGAAUCGUCUUCUUUCUCGGGAGCGAGGAGACAGAGCACAAGCACGAGCUUGUUCUCGGUUCCGCAUUCAUGUUCAUUAAUGUCCGAAGGGAAAAACCUGCAGGAUCUUCAAGAUUCUUCUGAUCGGAUUCCGAGUUCAACGAGAGAUGGGUAAGAAAUUCUCUCUAUGGACCUUUAAGCUUGAAAAAUCAUGCCCUCCCUGUUUUUUUUUUUUUUUUUUUUUUUUUGGCAUCCAGUUUGUUUCAUGUACGGUUCUCGGCCAUAACUAGUUUUCGAGUUUGUAAUCCAUAUGUUUAUAUUACAAAGAUAAUUUUGUUGUAAA